GAUAGUUUUGGCUUGCGUCAGAUAUCCAAGCCAUCGAGCGCUAGCUCUGCUCAUUGCGAACCCCCGCUCGAGCUCAUCGCAAGACGCUGCACCAUUGCGCACAAGCUGGACCGAUAGAGCACGCAGCCGCUCGCCGGACUCGAUAGCUAGACGUCGUGCAUCAUGUCAGGCGGCGCACCUCCCCUAGGCGACACUGGCCUGUCCAAGCUGGCAUCAAAUCCUCUGGGAAGCUUGGCCUCUGCAUUCGUGCCGUCUAUGCCCUCAAGCUCGCCUAAGCCUUCGCUGGAUACCUCUGUCCAACCCAACGGAAUGACCGGGCCUGCUUCACCGACUGCGAGUGCGCUCAAGUCCCCCGGCACGCCCCAACGAGCCCAUUCCCGCCAGGUCAGCUUCAAUUCGAACCAGCAGAAGCCAGAUUCGCCUGCGCCAGGCGGCAGACGGAACUUCAAGAUCGCAGACCCUCCAAUGCGGUCCACACGCUUGCCUGGCAGAGCAGACUCGCUGUAUGCUUGGCAGACUCAACCAGACGGAUCUGUAUGGCGCAAGAUGGGUCCUACUGAGGUCUCCUACUAUCUUGGCGCUAGAACGUUGCCAGGCCAAGAGAAAUUUGCAGGCGUCAAUGAUGUCUCGCUGCGCAUCAACUUUACAACCAAGAAGCGGCUCGUCUCAAGGGAGCGCGUACUCGCCAUCUGGACCAAGCUCAGACUCAAUCAUCCCCUCCUUGCCGCAUCUGUCACUUUUCAAGACUAUGAGAAUAUCGGGUUCAAAUAUACCACGCCCAAGACAUGGGAUGAUGCGAAAGCCAGUGCAGCCUCGGCAUUUGAUCUGCGCUACGAGCGCGAUCCUGAAGAGGAGCUCUCUGUAGCAUUCAACGAUACGCGCAUACUGAGCGACGAACGCUCGGCAAUGCUCUGCAUCACCUCGACCGGACCAGAGCCCUCCGGCGAGACAGCAGACGAGACACAAGACUACAGUCUCUUCAUCAUCGCGACCCAUUACAUCAUCGACGGCAUGGCAAUCAAUCGUUUUGGCAAGGAAUUUCUCAUGGCCCUGCAAGAUCAAUCUUCGGAUCCGUUGGCACAGUACCAGAAACCUAUCAAACCUCUGGCACUGAGCAAAUUCCCAACAGUCGUAGAGAUGCUCAUCGACACGCCGUCAGAGUGGGGCAAGUUUGCCUGGGCAGCUGCAAAGAUCGACUUUGAAUCCUCCCAGAGGAAGCCACUAGGUGGCCACUCCUUCCCCAAAACUGCCACGCCCGGUCCUAGACAUACAAAAUGGUCUGAGUUGACCUAUUCGGUCUCAGAUACAGCCAAGAUCCUCAACAACUGCCGCAAGAACGAAGUCACAGUCUCGCACGCAGCCUUUGCUGUCGCUGGCCUCGCGUUUGCCAAAGCACAGCCCAAUCUAGACACACGCAUGCCAAUCAUGAUGGAUACCGCCAUGAACGUGCGACCGCGACCGAAGCAUCUCCGUCGACCGACGCAAGGCUUUGCGACUGUCACGAGCGGCGAUGAUUUUGCAGAGCCAUCUUAUGUCUCGAUGGCCAUUGGCUACUUUUUCAUCCAGCUGCCGGCAUUGCUGCCACCCUCAUUAUCGCAGGAUCAACUGUUUUGGCAUCGUGCUCGGACAGCAAGAGAUCAGACUGUUGCCGCCAUCACGUCACAAUGGAUGGGCAGUCGCGCGAAGCUCAUGGGUCUAGAGCGAGAGAAGCGAUCGAUCGCGUGGGAGAAGGUGCAAGAAGAACAGAGGAAAAAGAAGGCGCAAGAGGCUAGUAGCGCGAAAGCCGCGCCGCCGCCUGCUGUGAUCGAAGUCAAAAAGGAAGGAGAGCCCGCAAAGCAGAUCUCUGCGCCUACAGUGACAUCUUUCCUCCUAGGGUUCAGCUUCCUGGGCAAUAUGGACGUCAUUUUCAAGCCGGACGAAAUGCCCGACAUUGCAUUCCACAGCUAUGCUGGCGCUGGACGACAGCGCGCUGGCCGCAUCGUACUAUACGCCUAUACCUUUUGCGGCGAGCUGUAUUUCAUCCUCUGGCAGGAUUCCGCUGGCCUCGACCAGACUGUCGUCGCAUCAUUUUGGCAUCAUUUCGAAGAGAUAAUCCGCACGGUCAUGAUUGGGAGCUGAUCCCUGCUUCUAGCACUAGACAUUAUUAUAUUGCAGUAAAACCACAACAAGUCGAAUCAUACAUUGAGGGCCGGGAAUACGUACGAGAGUGAUGAUGGAAAGAUGACACCAUCGCCACGAACGACUGUUCACUCAGAUCAGCGCAUGCACGGUGGAUGGCAGACGAGACGCACGCAGGACUGGCAGCUCGAGGGGCGUGCUGUUAUUGAAUUUGGGAGGUAGACAAGUAAUACACUCCGCCGAGCGAAUUUGAACAAAAGUUGCGGGCGUGUCACCAAACCAGGGUGUCAGCGUGCUCUCGAACCCUUCGCCAUAAAGAUUGAUCAAGCCGAUCGAAGCCGAUGA